AUGGCUCCCCAACAGCAGACCAUGUUCCGCUCGGCGGACAUGAGUAUGGUGCAGCUGUACAUAUCCAACGAGAUCGGUCGCGAAUGCGUCAACGCGUUGGGAGAGCUUGGACUGGUCCAGUUCCGAGAUCUCAACAGCGAAGUCAGUGCGUUUCAGCGAACCUUUACCCAGGAGAUUCGGCGACUUGACAAUGUCGAACGCCAGCUUCGCUACUUCUAUACACAAAUGGAGAAGUCCAACAUUCCUCUACGAAGACUCGACCUGGACGCCGAAACCAUCGCUCCACCCACUACCACCGAGAUUGACGAGCUUUCCGAACGUAGCCAAAGCCUCGAGCAGCGCAUCUUCCAGCUCAACGACAGCUACGAAACGUUGAAGAAGCGCGAGGUCGAGUUGACCGAGUGGCGAUGGGUGCUUCGGGAGGCUGGAGGUUUCUUCGACCGGGCUCACGGCAACGUGGAGGAGAUCCGGGCUUCGACCGAGGACGACGAUGCUCCUCUUCUCCAAGACGUUGAGCACAACAACCAGGCUGCUGAUGUUGAACGCUCUUUCUCUGGCAUGAACAUCGGCUUUGUUGCUGGAGUCAUCAACCGCGACCGUGUUGCCGCUUUCGAGCGAAUCCUCUGGAGAACACUGCGUGGUAACCUCUACAUGAAUCAGUCUGAGAUUCCCGAGCCGCUGGUCGACCCGGCUACCAACGAAUCCAUCAACAAGAAUGUAUUUGUUAUUUUUGCCCAUGGCAAGGAAAUCCUGGCCAAGAUUCGCAAGAUCUCGGAAUCGAUGGGGGCAGAGAUUUACAGUGUUGAUGAGAACACCGAUCUUCGUCGAGAUCAGAUGCACGAGGUCAACGCACGCCUCAACGAUGUUCAAAACGUCCUGCAAAACACCCAGCAGACGCUCGAGGCAGAGCUGACUCAAAUCGCCCAGUCGCUGGCAGCUUGGAUGAUCCUGAUCACCAAGGAGAAGGCUGCUUAUCAAACCCUGAACCUCUUCUCGUUUGACCGACAGCGACGUACCCUGAUUGCGGAGGCCUGGUGUCCCACCAACGACUUACCCCGUAUUCGAACUACGCUUCAGGAUGUGACCAACCGAGCUGGUCUGUCUGUUCCGUCCAUUAUCAAUGAAAUCAGAACGAACAAGACACCGCCGACAUACUUGAAAACCAACAAAUUUACCGAGGCUUUCCAGACUAUCAUCAAUGCUUAUGGUACGGCCACUUACCAGGAGAUCAAUCCUGCCCUACCCGCCAUCGUUACCUUUCCUUUCCUGUUCGCUGUCAUGUUCGGUGACCUUGGUCACGCGUUAAUCAUGCUGUUGGCUUCCUUGGCGAUGAUUUACUGGGAGAAGCCUCUGAAGAAGGUCUCGUUCGAGCUGUUCGCCAUGAUCUACUAUGGUCGGUACAUUGCCCUGGUCAUGGCCAUUUUCUCGGUUUUUACCGGCCUCAUCUACAACGACGUCUUCUCCAAGUCAAUGACACUGUUCGAUUCGCAAUGGGAAUGGGACGUUCCUGAAGGAUGGAAACAGGGUCAACCUCUCACAGCCAAACUCAAGGGUGACUACCGAUACCCAUUUGGUAUCGACUGGAUGUGGCACGGCAGCGACAACGACCUCCUGUUCAGCAACAGCUACAAGAUGAAGAUGUCUAUCAUUCUGGGUUGGGUACACAUGACCUACUCGCUUUGCCUUGCGUACUUGAACGCGAGACACUUCAAGAAGCCCAUCGACAUCUGGGGCAACUUUGUUCCCGGAAUGAUUUUCUUCCAGUCCAUCUUCGGUUACCUUGUCAUAUGCAUCGUCUACAAAUGGUCCGUCGAUUGGCUUGCAAUCGAGAAACAGCCUCCUUCGCUGCUUAACAUGCUGAUCUACAUGUUCCUGCAGCCUGGCACAAUCGAUCAAGAACUAUACAAAGGCCAGUCGACUGUCCAGGUCAUACUACUCUUGCUCGCUGUCAUUCAGGUUCCCAUCCUGUUAUUCUUGAAGCCGUUCUACCUACGUUGGGAGCACAACCGGGCUCGUGCUAAGGGCUACCGUGGUAUAGGCGAACACUCGAGGGUUUCAGCACUUGAUGAAGAUGAUGGGGAUGGCCAUAUCGAAGGCAACGGUCGCCCCAGCGUGGACACUGAUGAUGGCGAAGGUGUCGCUAUGAUUGCGCACGGUGGAGACGACGAUGAAGAACAUGAAGAAUUCGAAUUUAGUGAGGAACUGAUCCACCAGGUUAUUCACACCAUCGAAUUCUGCUUGAACUGUGUUUCUCACACCGCCUCCUACCUGCGUCUCUGGGCCCUAUCACUUGCCCAUCAACAGCUUAGCGUUGUGCUAUGGGACAUGACUCUGGCCGGUGCUCUCACCAAGGGCGGCGUCGUUGGUGUUAUCAUGAUCGUUGCCAUGUUCUACCUGUGGUUUUUCCUCUCCUGCGCCGUUCUCAUUUGCAUGGAAGGCUGCAGUGCCAUGUUGCAUUCUCUGCGUCUGCAGUGGGUCGAGGCACAAUCGAAGUAUGCCGAGUUCGCCGGUCAUAUGUUUACGCCGUUCUCUUUCCUUACUAUGUUGGAGGAGGAUGAGGGCUUAGCCGAGUUUAGAGGCUAG